AUGGCGCGGAUGGCGGGCGGCAAGGAAGCGGCGGGCUGGGAGGGCGAGGACGGGCAGUGCGACUCGGGCAUCGAGUCGCUGCGCUCGCUGCCGGGCGGCAGGGAGACCCCCGCCGCGCCCGAGGGCCCCCCGGCCGCCCCCGAGGAAACCCUCGCCGAGGCCGCCGCCGCCGAGGAGCGGCUGGAUUCCAGCUACGGCUCCGGCGCCCUGCCCGAGGCUCUGCCCGAGGCUCUGCCCGAGGCUCUGCCCGGGCUGGCGGGGGCUCCGGGGGGCCGCCCCGAGGAGCCGCCGCCCCGGCCCGAGGGGCUCAGCCGGCAGCAGCUGGACGCCCUCACCUACCUCUCGGAGGACGGAGACACGUUGGUUCAUCUGGCCAUUAUCCACUGUGUCCCAGCUGUAGCACUCUGCUGCAUCGCUCAGCUACCCAGGGAGGUGCUGGAGAUCCAAAAUGAUCUUUUUCAGACCCCGCUCCACCUGGCUGUGUACCUGGAGCAGCCCAGUGUGAUCCAGGCACUGAUCCACAAGGGAGUGAACCCCGGGCUGCAGGACCGUAAUGGCAACACCCCGCUGCACUUGGCCUGCGAGCAGCAGCACCUGCAGUGUGCCCAGCAGCUGCUGGAGGGCACAGCCACGCCGGAUGGCACAGCUCAGCCCCGUGGGCACCACCAGGACCUGCAGCUCCAGAACUGGCAAGGCUUGGCCUGUCUGCACAUCAGUACCUUGAAAGGGAACAUCCCUAUGAUGUCUCUGCUGCUGGAGAGUGGUGCCAACAUUGAUGUUCGGGAGGGCACGAGCGGGAAGACCCCGUUGCACCUGGCUGUGGAGUGCCACAACCGCAGGGCUGUGCAGUUCCUGCUGCGCCACGGGGCCUUCGUGGAUGCCCAGAUGUACAACGGGUGCACUCCGCUCCACCUGGCCGUGGGCCGCAGGGACGCUGCCAUCGCCGCCAUCCUCUCCCACUCCGGGGCUGACACCCUGCUGAGGAACAUGGAGAAUGAGACAGCUCAGGACCUGGCUGAUGGCAACGAUGAUCUCCUUGCCUUGUUGCCCUUCGAUGACCUGAAGAUCUCAGGGAAGCCUGUUGUGUGCUCUGAAUGAGCAGAUGGACUCCUUUGGCCUGUUGGGCUGCCUCCUUCCUCUGUGCUGCUGCCCACUAGGAUCUUGCCUGCCUGCAUUUCAGUGGGAGCAGAGACACUUGGGGAGACUUAUCCCACUGUCCCUCCCCUCUUUGGAAAAGUUUGGUUUGCCUCAGGCUGCCUUCCCAGAUGGAAGAAGGUGGCAUUAUGAGCACUACACAGGGGAGGCUUUUCUUUUAGAAUCUGUGCACUGCAGCAGGACUGAAUUUUCCCUCCCUGCUGUGGGUCUUAUUUGUGGGGAUCUCCAGCGUACACAGGGAAGGAGUAGGAGAGGACUCAUUUUCACACUGUAGGCCGGACAGAGCAUCGUCUGGCACCCCAUCAGAAUAAGUGUGGGGUGAGGAGAGUCAACACUCACUCUAAUAAAUGUUUGUUGUU